UCCUGACAUCAUCGACGAACGCCCAUUGUAUCCCUGCCUCUUAUAUAUAAGUGCCUGCUUCCGUCCUUGAAGUUUCCCACCACCGUUCUUCGCACUUCCAGCACACUCACCCUUCCCAAAACAUUUGCCAUGUCUUCCACAAUCGCAUCAUUCACGACCAUCAGUGAGCGCCUCUUCGAAGCGAAGGCGCGCAAAGGCUUGACCUUUGACGAAAUCGCGAAGGCCGUCGGCCGCGAUGAGGUUUGGGUCGCAGCGGCGUUCUAUGGGCAGGCUAAGCCAGACGCGGAGGAGCUCGCCAAGCUCGGCGAGGUGCUUGGCCUUCAGAGCCUGAAAGAAGAAGUCAACCCCCAAUGGUGGCCGAUGCGCGGUGGCUUGGGCUCUUCGCCGCCCACAGACCCCGUCAUCUACCGCUUGUAUGAGGGCGUCUUGGUGUAUGGUCACGCAAUCAAGGCUAUCAUUAACGAGAAGUUCGGAGACGGUAUCAUGUCCAUGAUCAACUGCAAGGUGACCGUCGAGAAGAAGCCCGAUCCCGCAGGUGACCGCGUCUUGCUCACCUUCGACGGGAAGUUUCUACCUUAUAGCAAAUGGUGAAUAAUGUUGGCGGUAGAUCCGCAUCGAAGAUGAAUCAAAUGUGUAUUACGCAACUUCAGGACGACGGAAAAGCAGCUGAGGUCCCGGUCUGAAUAUUAUGCCGAGUUGAGGAACGACGUUGUUGACCAGCCGGAACCGCAAGAGCCCUCUCGCGCAGGCCUUCGGUAGC